ACGACAAAAUUCCCCGAUGAUGGUGGACCCCAAGUAGCAACCCAACAUUUAUCUACGUAUGGGUGACGAUAGUUUUCUUAUCGUCCGCACUCUGUGAACGUUUUCGCAUUAAACCAGCUUCGGCUAGUGAAGCAUCCAAUUAAGGACACUCUGGCGCGACUGCGGCAUACCAUUAUCUGCAAUUCCAGAUCAGAAUUUAUCGAUGGCAGCCUCUCCAACUGCCGCAAACACCAGGGCGGUGUUUGCCGUGUUUGAGAAAUACCAAAAGGAAAGACUCAUGUUUGUACAGACCGUGGCAGAUCUCGCUUCCCGAGAAAGCAAUAUUGAUGCGCUCCAAGCCGCGGGCGUCAUGUCGCUGCUCCGUCCACUGCUUUUGGAUAAUGUUCCAGCAAUUCAGCAGGCUGCAGCUCUGGCACUCGGGAGACUCGCAAACUACAAUGAGGAGAUGGCCCAGGCAGUUGUGGACUCAGAUAUCUUACCCCAGUUGGUUUAUUCUUUGAGCGAACAGAAUCGCUUCUAUAAGAAGGCCGCCGCUUUCGUUCUUCGAGCUGUGGCGAAGCACUCUCCGGAACUGGCGCAAUCCGUAAUCGACUCUGGAGCUCUCACGGCUCUUAUAAGCUGUUUGGAAGAGUUUGAUCCUGGCGUCAAAGAGUCUGCUGCAUGGGCAUUGGGGUAUAUAGCCAGACACAAUGGUGAUCUAUCACAAGCGGUAGUCGAUGCCGGUGCCGUACCUUUACUUGUACUAUGCGUCCAGGAACCUGAAUUAUCCCUGCGACGAAUUGCUGCUUCAGCUUUGAGUGAUAUUGCAAAGCACUCGCCAGAGCUGGCUCAGGCUGUUGUCGACGCUAAUACAGUACCCAUUAUUGUUCCCCUGUUGGCCAACCCGGAUGCAAAGCUCCGGCGGCAGGUGUGCUCUGCGCUUGCACAGAUUGCAAAGCACACAGUCGAUCUUGCGGAAACAGUUGUUGACGGGGAGAUCUUCCCAAAUGCGCUGAACUGCUUAAAGGAUGUGGAUGGAUAUGUCAAGAAGAAUGCAGCGACCUUGAUCUGCGAAAUUGCCAAGCAUACGCCAGAGCUGGCUCAGCUCAUUGUUAAUUCUGGCGGCAUUGCAGCUGUGGUUGACUACGUCAACGAAACCAGGGGUAAUGCUCGCCUGCCUGGAAUAAUGACAUUGGGCUACGUGGCUGCUUUCUCAGAAACUCUUGCACUGGCCGUGAUUGUCGCCAAGGGAGUGCCCCCACUCACUCAGGCUUUGACUGUCGAGAAUGAAGAGCACAUCAAGGCUGCAUGUGCAUGGUCGCUGGGACAAAUUGGUCGUCACUCUCCCGACCAUGCCAAGACCCUUUCUGAUCAUGCAGUACUGCCCAAACUCCUCAAGAUACUUACCAGUUCAAAUGCCGGUUCAUCCCCUUCGAAUGACGAAGGCUCUAGUGGCCCGGGAGCGGACCUAAAAACCAAAACCAAACGAGCCUUGAAAUGCAUCCUCGAAAAGACGUUGAGCAUCGACGCCCUAGACCCUCUACUUCAACCUCAUAGCACUCCACCAAAUAUUCUCAAGUAUGUCGUUGGACAGUUUGCCAAAAUCCUGCCGCAUGACGUUGCUGCUCGUCGCGCGUUUGUGACUAGCGGGGGAUUACAGAGAGUUCAAGAGAUUGCAAACAUCUAUGCUGGCACAGCGCCUGGCGUGCCCGGUACUUUGGCCCAGCAGCAGGCUCUUGAGAGAGGAAGCGUUACGGUUCAGCAAGGUGCGAAUGCAUUGACGGGCACAAAAAUGGGAGAAUACAUCAGGACAAUCAACGAAUGUUAUCCGGAGGAAAUCGUGCGAUACUACUCACCUGGGUAUUCAACAACGCUCCUGGAGAAGAUUGACGAAUACAGUAGACAACAAGACUUUGCCGGUGGCAGUGGACACAUUCAACAACAACCCUUUUCACGACUGUCAUCCGCUGGUGAACAAGUACCUCCUCAGCUGCAACCUCAAGGGAUCACCGCGUAACCGACCUUGUUGAUUUGGACAUGUUUUUUGCUGCCGCUCUCAUAAACCAACCUGAACUUUUGCCCCUUUAUCAGUUUUAAACUUAGAACUAGCUGAUGGAGAUGAGCAUAAAUGACCAGUACUAUCGUCGUGCUCUUCAAUGUGCAAAGGACGCCAAUUUGUUUGAAUAGUGAUUUUUAAGUUUGAUCAUGUUAUGAAGUCGUAAAAACCAAAUUGAGCAUCAUCUGGGCGCUGUAGACCCGAAUUUGCCA